AUGCUUGUCCCUUCCCUUCAGCAUGUGGCCACUGUGGCCUUGGCCUGCUACGUCUCAAUCGGCCUUGCGGUUCCCAAUGUGCAGUCAGUGACUGACAUGAAGGCCCUCAAUGAGAGGAACGAAGCCGUGAACAGCCCAGAUGUUGCCGUAAAAAGCCACCAGCACGCCCGCGCCCACGCCCACGCCCACGCCCGCGCCCGCGACCGGCGCCGGCAGUCGUGGUUCCGCUGGCCGUACCGCCUCAGCCUCCUCGUGUCCAAGUGCGACCUCCGCCGAGGCCGCCUGCGCGACGACCUCCUCCACCACCACCCCGACGAAGGCCCCCCUAAACAAUUUUCCUUUUCAGAAAAACGCGAGGGAGUCGUUGGGACCGACACGAUUGGAGAUGUGUGCAUCGCCGGAGGUACUUGUGCUCCACUCCCAAUUUGA